AGAAGUACUCUUUCUACCAUGCGACUUUUACUACUCAGAGUCGCAUUUCUAUUUUCAAUCUUUAUAAUUACAGUCAAAUCACAAUUCUACCGAGGAGACUUGGAACCUCGUUACAGUAGGAAAACGCCGUUUCGACAACAGACUGAUAUUCCUGAUCCAGUAUUUGGAAUUGGUCAUGGAGGAAGAAGAUUCAAUGGAGACAAGUCUUCACGUGAAGAGCAACAACCAUUAAGCCCUUUUUUUGGGGAACGAAGAGAGCCCGAAAGACGAAAUUCUGGAAGGGAGGAUGGACGCGAUUACGAGGAGAAUGGUGAUAAUGAUAAUCAAUACGGAAGAAAACGGCCAUUCGGAUUUGGAAGACAGCGGAGUCAAGAAGAGGAGAGAGAUGAAAACUUUCCAAGAGAUGGAGGACAUGGAUUUCGGAGACCACAUCUUCCAGAUCCCACGGAAGUUAAGGAUAGGUUCGAUAAAGAGAGGGAAGGCAGGAAGCAGCAGAGAGGAGACGAUGGUGAAGAAGAGGAUCAUCCGAAAUCACAGAGAGGGAUACAAAGAUCGAAUGAAGAUGAUCGGAAAGACGAAGAAGAGGAAGAACGUCCAAGGCGUCCUCAUCAGAGGCGUGGAGACAGUUAUGAAGAUGAAGAAGAAGAUCGCAAAAAGUACAGACCGCGACAUGGGGAGGAAGAGGAAGAACCCAGUCGUGAACGCGAGCACCAUCACCAUCGGGGAGAGGAGAAGCCGGAAACUGAGAAUAUUGCCGAAACGCCUUCGAAAGUGGUCGGUUUGAAUAUGCAGAUGGUUGCCGGAGUAUAUCCAAAAGAGAAAAAAGGGCCUGUUGUUGAAGAUGUCGAUAAGAGAGGAGGACGAUUUGUAGAUAAACCUAGUGAAAAGGAAGAGCAAGAAAAGUUUUUUCGGGGCUCCGACGCAGGAGGGGGUGAGGAUCGAGAGCCAGAAAAGGGACGAAAGCAGGAGCAUAAAGAGUCAAGAGAUCGACGACCAGCUCGAGGAGAUUCUGGAGAAGUUGAGAAAAGAGGAAGAGGAGAAAAAGCUGAAGGUAGAGACGAACAAGAAAGAAGAUCACAUGGUUCAGAAGAAAGACGUGGAGGAUCAGAAGAGCAACCUCACAGAGAGGAAAGAGGGCCCCAAAAGCCAGAAGGACAGCAACAGCAACAACAAGCUCCAUCGCCUCCCAAGCCCCAAAUCCCUCCGUUCCCUGCUUUCCCCAAAUUCCCGUCCUUCGGUGGGUUCCAACCAUUCCAACCAGACUUUCCAACUCGAAGAUUCGGUGGUAAUGGCGGUUUUGCGGGUGGUCCUUGGAACUCACCUGGAGGAUCUGCCGGACGCCAAGCAGCGCCUGGAGACGACGUUGGCUCGAGUGAAGACCGAUCUGGCCAAGACGGACGACGUGUUCAGCAACAAAACGCAUCUACUCCUGCAUCCGACAAUUCGAGUUCCCAUGAUGAUUCUUCCGAACGGAGACAUUCCACCAGCGAUCACAGCAAGGAAAAUGAGAGAGGAAGAAAGGAAGAUGGAAGAGAAAAAGACGAUUUCAGAGAAGAUCAUGGAAGAGAAGAUCAUGGAAAAAGUGAAGUUCCAGAAAAAGUAGAACAUGAACAACAUCCACCACAAUCUCAUGGAUCCCCACAUCCAGGACCACAAUAUCAAGGGCCACCACCUCGAAAAGAGUUCCCAACUCCUGGAAGAUUUGUUACAAAUAUUCGAGCCAAGAAAUCAGGAGAGAUCCUUGAUGCAACAACUGCUCUACCUACAACAUCUUCUCCACCAAUACUAUCUGCAAUCACUUAUCCAGUUAUUUCAACAACUACACCAUCUCCAUCUGGAAUUGUAUUACCAACUGAGGCUAUUGUAACUAAACUGCGAUCAAUUGUUAAUCAGAGAAUUAAAGUUGCUUAAUUUUAAUUUCAAUUUAUUAGUUUGGGCCGAUCUCAAUGCAAACGACUCGUAUGUCUGCAAUAAGUUUUUGAAUGUUUUUGAAUGUUUACAAAAAACUACAAAAUCUUACUGUAGACAUUUUAAAAAAAGAAAGAAACAUUUUAAAUAGUUGAGAUUUGUCCAAAUUAAUAUUUUGAAUUCAAGCAAGAACUUAUUAAUAUAUUUUAACUGUAAAUUUGAUAUCAAUAAAUACGAUAAUCGAAACAGA